AUGAUUUUGGAAGACGUCUCAGUUGGCAUCAAAGUGCUGGAGACUAGUCACGUCAGUUGUCGUCAAGUUCACUGGUUUUCGUACAUUGCGCACAAUUGCAUUCCGUUGAAGGUGGCAAUAUUGUUGUACCUUUUUAAACACGUACUGAGUAUAAGGUCGUACGCGUUGUCUUGUGAUGCACCUGGUUCGCCUGGAUUUUCGUCGACACUGGUUGGAUAG